CAAAGCCCUGAUUUGGGGUUUUAAGAGGUGCUGGGGAGGAUGUGGCAUGGGACAGCUGCGAGGCUGGUGGUGUCUGCUGGCCUUCUCCUCCUGGGACUUGGCGUGGGGAACGGCUGCGCUGACCUCGAGCGGCUGCUGCUGAAGGAACGCGUGCCGUCCCCAGGCAAAAAUUACCUUGUGGGCCACGUGUGCCGAGGGGAAACCCCUGUGGAUUUUGUCAGGAAAUGCUCCUAACGUGUCCGCAAGCCCGCUGGGAGCCCAGCAGUGAGGAGAGGGACAGCCCCAUCAGGGACUGGGGAGCACAGCAAGGAAUCUCUCCGGUGCCCCGUCUCCCGUCCCAUUAGGGGCCAGAGACUUGGUGCUGCCAGGCGGGCCCGGCCGCGUGCACCGGCUGCUCUCUGCUGGCCCAGGGCCGUGUUUCCCUCCCUGUGGGAUCCGGCCGGUCGCAGGGGAACUGAGUUCACCCCAAACCACAAUUGCCGCCUGUGCCGGCAGCUCCCAGCCCCAGCGGAUGCGCUGGAAAUAGCCCUGGCGGGGCUGCGGGGCUCCUCCUUGACAGCGGUCGUGGCGCCCUAUAAAGCUGCACGGGGACCAGGGGCUGCAGCGAGCGCAGUGCUGCACGGACAGGCACCAUGAAGGCCCUCGUCCUGCUGGUCCUGCUGGCCCUCCUGACCCUCGGCCUCUGCCGCAGGGCCUCUGAGCGCUCCGUCAGCGCCGACGAGUCGCCCAGCUCCGAAGCCUUUAUCUCCAAACGUGCCAGCGCCGAGAUGGCGAGGAGACACAAGAGGAAUUACAUCUAUGACAGCGUCUACGGAGCUGUACCCGCCUGGAACCCCCUGGAGGCCAAGCGCGAGGUGUGCGAGCUGAACCCCGACUGCGAUGAGCUGGCCGACCACAUCGGCUUCCAGGAGGCAUACCGGCGCUUCUACGGCCCCGUUUAGCCCCCACUGCGACGCGGUCCCGUGGGCGCGGUGCUCAGUGCCACCUGCCCCGGGCCACCCUCCGUUAAUGCUCCUCUCCAUUAAUUGUGGAAAGAAAUAAAGGCACACACGGUG